AUGGCGACAUCAGGAGGCAAGACCGGUAGGCGGGAGGCCCGCCCUCCUGGAAGGGCGCAGAGAAUGGGGGAAAAUUCGAGGCCAGGCAAGCAGAAUGCUCAGAAGAGAACCAAAACCAAGCCGUGUCGCUUUAUCGAGCAUGAAAAGACGUGUCCAUAUGGCGAGAACUGCACGUAUUCGCAUGAUACCGCAAAGUUCAGCACCGAGCAAGUCAAGAAGUCAUCCAACUCUUCAAAGGAACAGCAAGAAAGAAUGAACUACAACGCUUGGAAGCGGAUUAUCAAGAGUCCUCCAAAGCAAAAUGACCUUGCUACGAUAAAACGUCUUUGGACUGGAGCACUUGAUAUCUUGGAGGGGUUUGAUCGGAACUGGAAACAGAUGCUCCCUCGGGAUCUUGACGCAGACGAGAAUUUUGGCCGCGAGCAUAUCCAGACUCUCCUGAACAUGAGGUCUCAUGGUAAUGGAUGUAAAACUUUUGUUGAGCUUUCACAAACUUUUCUUGCAGUGAUUACCCAUCCUGCCAUGCUGGACUGUCUUUCGAUAGACACUGUUGUCGGAGGGCUGUAUAAUUUUAUCAGCGGGACUAACGGCCAAAGAGCAAUCGGAUUUUUUACGCGUCUUUGUACCAAUCUCGCAACGGCAUAUGGUCAAUCGGUGAUUCUGAAAUCGAUGGCCGAGACUACACUCACUUCUGUGGGAAUUGCAUUGCACGAGCUCUUGAGGAGAGAACAACGAGCAGCGUACAAUGAUGAGCUGCCGGACUUGGUCACUUCUUUGGAGAACGCUGCUAGCGCAUUGGACAUUGACACACAAUUGAUUAGAUUUAACUCCAGCAUUGCUGAGGUUAGAGCUAGGAUUGGGCGUGCAAUUGGCCUAUUAAAAGACAAAGAGAUUGACGAUACUGUUACAGUCGAUGGGUUCUCAACUACAGCUGUCAAGUCGUAUCCACGGCCGAUUUCUGUGCCAGGAACUCGACAUGAUAACGACCACGCUGAUAUUACAAAGAUCCGAAUAAUGCCAACCAACGAAGAGAUUUGUUGCGAACUGCCUGAUUAUCUACCAACGACCGAUUGUGAUCAACCUUCUUUCAUCACGAAUGCCACUGACCGUCACAUAGAUACUUUGUUUCGCCUACUUCGGCACGACAUCUUCGGAGAAUUAAAACAUGCUCUUGGGAUAUUGAUACACGCCAUAAAAGAAGAUGAAAGCAUACAGCGAACCUGGAAUCCUCCUGUUGGAGAUAUUCGAGCAUAUGCGUAUCCUAAUGCUCGCAUUCAAUAUGUUUCAUUUGAACGAAGAACAGGCAUUGAAGCCCAAGUAUCGUUCAGUCAACUGCCCGCCCUUCAAAAGAAGACGUCUGCUGAGAGAAGCAAGUGGUGGGCAGACUCAAAGCGCCUAGAAGAAGCAAAAAAAACCACUGAUCUCAAGGAGUCUCGCAACUUGGGCUCAAACGAAUAUAACGCUACGAUUACUACAAAGCUGGUCACUCGUAACCGGGCGGAGUUUGCCUUGUUAACAGAAUUAAGCAGCAAGAGCACAAAUGGAGUUUUGGUUGAGUUUCCGGGGGUAAUCCUCGCAACGUUUAUGCCUAUUCUGAACAAUCUCCAGGCAAUGCAAUCUUCUGGCUAUAUACCAUUCUCUCAAUGGAUAUUGCCUGAUCGGGCUACUAUUUCCGGAGAGCCAGCACAAAUACUCCCACCACUUUAUACUAGAAAUCGAAAUUACUUCUUUAUUUUGGACCCCAUACUCAAAAGGAAAGAUGACAGCCUGUCAUUUAGUCCCACUACCUCUUGUAGCACAACCAUUCUUCAAAACCUUGAAGAGCGGACUACUCUUGACCACGGACAAUGCCAAGCGCUUAUAGCAGCCUUGACCAGAGAGUAUGCUUUUAUACAAGGCCCGCCGGGUACAGGAAAAUCGUACAUUGGUAUCCAUCUGAUGAAGGUCCUUCUAGCCUGCAGCAAGAAGUCAAAGUUGGGCCCUGUGAUAGUUGUAUGUUAUACUAAUCAUGCCUUGGAUCAAUUCCUUGAAGAAUUAGUAAAGGCGGGUGUCGAGAAGCUUAUUCGGAUCGGAGGACAAAGCAAGUCGAAGAUCUUGGAGGGUCAUAAUCUACGAGUUGUGUCAAAUGGCGAGGGAAAAACAAGGAACGAGUCGUUUUUCGUUGCUAAAGCUUAUGAAGCCCUUCAGAAAAAGGAGCCCCUGAUUCACACUUCACUCGCCGCUUUGCACGCCUUGAGAAAGGAACAGAGGUGGGGAAGUCUGAAGACCAAUAUUUUGCAUAGACUGAAGGGCCAUAUCAAGCAGAGAUACCCCCUGGCAUUCAAUAAAUUUUCCCGAGUUGACGAGAACGAUUAUGAGAUUGUGGGAAAAGAUCCAUUUGAUGUCUGGUGUGAAAAGGCGAUACCAAGAGAGCUUAGAGCACGAUUCUCAAUAAACGAAGAAGCCAAUAUUCAACAGAUUCUCGAGAACGUCACUGCAGAGAAUAUAUCCAAUCUGCCAAUUCCCGAGAGAGAACUUUUGAUUAAUUUUUGGGCUAGAGAAUAUUGUGAAAUCCACCGCGACCAGUUAUUUGAACUUGUGGAUGAAUGCUCUAAACUUCACGAACAGCUGAAUAGGAUACACGAUGAGAGAGAUAGAAGGGUACUUGAGAGUGCAGAAGUCAUAGGUGUUACCACGACGGGGCUUGCGAAAAGAAUUUCUGUCCUUCGACGCCUACGAAGCAAAGUCGUCAUCUGUGAGGAAGCUGGAGAGGUUAUGGAGCCCCAUAUGAUAUCAGCCUUACUGCCGAAUGUCGAGCAUUUCAUUCAAAUAGGAGACCAUCAGCAGUUACGUCCGCAAAUCAACAACUACGAACUGUCACUUGAAAGCAAGCAGGGUGAAGCUUACCAGCUUGAUCGAAGUCAGUUUGAACGGCUCUCUAUUGGAGAGCCAGGCAGAGCCCCAUUUCCGGUAGCACAACUAGAUACCCAGAGACGAAUGCGCCCUGAAAUUUCUUGUUUGAUCCGGAUGACCCUUUAUCCUCGUCUUGUUGAUCAUCCAUCUACAAAAACGUUUCCUGAUGUGGUUGGGAUGCGAAAUAAUGUAUUCUGGCUUGACCAUGAGAAUAUGGAAGAUUCGUCGAAUUCCGAUCAACACCAAAGGUCACACAGCAACAGUUGGGAAGUUGAUAUGGCUCAAUCUCUUGUCCGUCACAUUAUUCGGCAAGGUGUUUAUGAGAGCAAAGAUAUUGCUUUGUUAACGCCAUAUACUGGCCAAUUGCAGAAGCUGCGAGCAAAGUUGAGGAGCGACUUUGAAAUUGUCUUGAGUGACCGGGAUCUAGAGACACUUGCUAAAGACGGAUCCGUUGAAAAGAAAAACCUGAGCGAGUUCCUUCGUGUCGCAACCGUCGACAAUUUCCAAGGCGAGGAGAGCAAGAUAGUCAUCAUUUCUCUCGUUCGAAGCAACAAGGAGAAGAAAGUUGGAUUUCUGCGAACGACCAACCGUAUCAAUGUCCUCCUUAGCCGGGCUCAGCAUGGCAUGUAUUUGAUUGGAAAUGCAGACACCUACUCGAACGUUCCAAUGUGGGCCAAAGUUAUAGGUAUGUUAGAUGCUGAGCAGUCGGUUGGAAAGCGACUUGGGCUUUGUUGUUCACGACAUAUGGACACAGUGAUGCAAGUCUCUGAGCCUCUAGAUUUUGAAAAAUUCAGCCCGGAAGGAGGAUGUCAAUUGCCCUGUGAUAGGCGUUUAACUACCUGCGGACACAAAUGUCUGGCCCGAUGCCACUCAGAUGCCAUGCAUGAAGUGUUUCAAUGCCCACAACCAUGCCAACGCCUACACUCUCCUUGCAAACACGGCUGCCAAAAGCAAACCUGUGGAGAGGAUUGCGGCGUCUGCAUGAUAAAGAUUGACAACGUCCUGCUUCCAUGUGAACACACUGAGGAUGGUGUUCCUUGCUACAGAACACAGGAUGUUAAAAGCAUCAAGUGCAAUGCCAGGGUCCAAAAACGAGUCCCAAAAUGCAAUCAUCUCGUGGAUGUUCCAUGCUUCCGAGACGUUUCCAUAGCUUUCUUAUGCCCCACAAAAUGCGAAGCAUCAUUGCCCUGUGGUCACCGCUGUCCAGGGACCUGCAGCAAAUGCUACGAUAGCGAGCACCAGGAGUGUACCAAAAUAUGUGGAAGAAGGUUCGGAACUUGCAACCACACAUGUCCUAGAACCUGUCACGAUGGUACGGACUGUGGUCCUUGUCUGGCCCCAUGUGAGGUUAGAUGUUCUCAUUCUCAGUGCACGCUACGCUGCCACGAACCUUGUGCUCCUUGUGUUGAAAGCUGCACUUGGUCAUGCGAGCACCAGGGGAAAUGCGAACUGCCAUGUGCUGCUCCCUGUAAUCGUCUUCCCUGCAACGAACGCUGCUCGAAGAAUCUCUCCUGCGGACACCAAUGCCCAGGAAUCUGUGGUGAAGAAUGUGCUGAAGGCUACUGUCAAAAGUGCUCCACUAAACUUGAUGCUCGAGUGGAUUUUGUUGAGAUGAAAUCCUACGAAGACAUUGAUGUUAACGAGACUCCAAUCGUUGUUCUUGGAUGUGGCCAUUUCUUCACAACGGAAUCCGUGGACUGUCUGAUGGAUAUGGCUGGCGUAUAUGAAAUUAACAAAAACGGGGAGUUUACUGGAUUGAAAGACAUAUCCACAGAUUUGGCGCCAUUCAUACCUUUAUGCCCAGAUUGCAAAUAUCCAGUGAGACAGUUUGCUACCCGGAGGUAUAACAGAGUAGUUAAUCGGGCAGUCAUUGACGAAAUGUCGAGACGCUUCCUCUCAAGCGGAAAAGAUGGCCUCCAAGAAUUAGAACGGCAAAUUGAUGAACUGAAAAAUUGGCAACAAGAAAACAGAGAGAACAUCCAAAUCUCUCAAGAAAGCCGUGCAAAUAUCUGCAAAACUUGCAGACAAAUGCCAGCCGCACAAAAACUUCAUGAAGCUACCGUGCAUGCAGUGAGAAGAGCUGCCAUGUCGAAGGUACCCCCUGAUACCUUGUUAACUUCCCUGAGAAUAUCCGAUGCGGAGCCUGCCCCAACUGCCUCCCGUGGUAGCCAGGUUACUAUGGGUGGCCAGAUGGCUCUGAUCAAGACACAUUUCCUUAUCGUUGAUGAUGCGUUUGUUCUGUCGAAGACCUUAAGGUCGAAAAACACCCUCAUAAAACUCCCGGGUCAAACUCCCGAUAAACUUGCAACACUCUUUUUCCAGACCUGCAAGAAAUUUAUUGCCGAGUGUGAGACCCAAAACCUCCCAAAGCUAGCUGUGGAAGGGACUCUAUUAUUUGCUAGCAUUGCACGUUCAUUCGAGGCUCAUUGCCGCUCGACCAAAACGAACAUUGAUGCCGCUACAAAGAUUGUAGAGACGGCAGAGGAAUUGCUUGAGAAGGCUCUAAAGACCUGCCAGCGGCCUUUCCACAACGCCGAGGGUCUGCGUACCCUUGUUGAACAGUCCAUACGUUCAAUGAAGACUGAAUGGUAUGAAGAAAUCACCUCAGACGAGAAAGAAGCAAUAAAGGCAGCAAUGCUCAGUGGUCCCAAAGGGAUAGCAACUCAUUCGGGCCAUUGGUACAAUUGUUCAAACGGACACCCUUUCGCAAUUGGAGAUUGCGGAAUGCCGAUGGAGCUCGCUCGUUGUCCUGAGUGUGGUGCAUCUAUCGGUGGACGUGACCACACUGCAGUCCAGGGGGUCACUCGCGCAACUGAGAUGGAGGAUUGA